AUGGAGGGAGGUAAUCGGACAUUUAAAGUUGAUUUCACUAGCGAAGGAGUUUCGAAGCUUCGUGAUGUUGUCAAGGAGAAGCUCAAGGAGUUCAUGGGCGAUUACACGGACGAUACUCUCGUGGAAUAUGUGAUAGUGUUGCUGAAAAAUGGUAGAUCUAAAGAUGAAGCAAAGAGCGAGUUGAAUGUUUUUUUGGGUGAUGACAGCGACUCUUUUGUUUCCUGGCUUUGGGAUCAUUUAGGAUCUAAUGUAAGUCUUUAUGUACAACCGCAAGAAUUUCAAACAGAUGGAGUGCCCAAAACAAAGCUGGUAACAAGAGAUGAGACUGGAAAAACUGAGGCUCGUAAGAUUGAAUCUAUAGCUGAGACCCCGAAUUCUGUUAAAUCACAUGGAUACCAUAACAAUCUUCCAUCCAAAGGUUUAGUGAGGGGUAGGAAUGACAAUGAAGUCCUCUUUCCUCAAAACAGUGUUGACGGCAAUGAAUUUUCCAAUCAUGAACCUAAUCAGAGAGUUUGGCGAACAAAGCCAUUUCUUUCACCUCGGCCUACAAUUCAAAAGAAGAGAAGGCGAACUGAGGAACAACGGCCUAGACAGAGGGAAGUUUCCCAGUCAACUGCUGGUGCUGCAAGACGACUAUUGCAGUUUGCUGUACGCGAAGCCGUUGGUAACUCUAGGCCUUCCAAUGCAGAAGAUUCUUCACGCAAGCGCCUGAGGUCUGUGGUUUCUACAUCAACAGGGGACUUAUUGCAGGAAGAACGCCGUCAGAGAAUUCCGCGUACUUCCAUGUCCGUGGCCAUUAAAGCUGCAGCAGAGGCAGUUGAGGAUGUGAACAAAACCGUGCAUUUACAUAGUGUGUUUGCUAGGCUUGGUCACCAAGAAAAUGAAUUUGCUGGUGUUGUGAGUGAUGCAACAGAAAAUUUUAACUCGGUUUAUCAUCCGCAAAAUGAUGGCAACACACUGCUAGGACACAUCUCGCCUUUUCAUGAAACUAUAUUGGAUUCUGUUUUGGGAGAUGAUGGGGAUGGUUAUGAUGAUAUUGGUGAGAGGGAACCAGAUGCCAUGGGUUUAACUUCGGUAGGCGAAUCUGGUAGAAAGUGGAUAGAUAACUCCCUAGCAUAUGAGUAUGCUUCUGAACAAAUUGAAGAUUUGGGUCGACCCGCAACAAGGCACAAUGCGUCCCGUAGAAUUGCUUCAUAUGUAGGGAUGAAUACCAGGAAAGCCCAAUAUCAGGAGGAAAGGGUGGUGUAUGAGAUGGAUAAUUACAAACAAGCACUAGAUAGUACUGUGGCUACUAAAUCUGAAGUUAGGUUGACAAAGGAGAACAGCAAUCCUACUAUAGCUUCUAAUGGAAAUGCAAAACCUGAUAUGAUCCAACAACCACCUGAAAAGACCUACGCACCAACUGAUUUACAGAAUACUGGUCCACCAACUGAUGAUGCUGAUUCUCGGACAAUCUUUGUUAGCAAUGUUCAUUUUGCUGCCACUAAGGAUAGCCUUUCAGGAAACUUCAACAAGUUUGGAGAAAUCUUGAAAGUGAUCAUUUUAACUGAUCCGGCUACUGGACAGCCAAAAGGGUCAGCCUAUGUUGAGUUCAUGAGGAAAGAAGCUGCGGAGCUUGCCUUAUCUCUAGAUGGCACUUCCUUCAUGUCUCGCCUUCUCAAGAUUGUUAGGAAAAGCUCUGCUCAACCAGAAGCUUCAUCAAUUGCAACAUGGCCACGUGUCACUCGAGCGUCUCCUUUUACUACUCCCAGAAUUUUCAGAGCUCCUUUUCAUAGAAGCAUGCCCAGCAUAUACAGGCCACGUGUACCCAUGAUUACAAGGAGCUUCCAGUGGAAGCGUGCGGCCGACUCGAGUGCCAGCGAGACUUCAGCUAGCACCAAUUUUCCGGCACCAGCUGUUCGUGGUCUCACAUACGUAAGAACAGAGACCAAAGUGAAUGGAAGUUCUGGCACAACUUAG